AUGGAGCCUGAUAAGGUGUACAAUUUGACGAUCAGUAAUAUCUCCACUAGCUCACUUUCUCUCAGCUGGACACCACCAAAUGGCAACGUUGGAAGCUACAGAGUUGACGUUACUGGAUCCACAGUGAUGAAUGUGACCACAACUUCGGCAUUUGCUAAUCUAACUGGACUAAUACCCGGAAGCAUGUAUACCCUCCAAGUUGUGGCCUUGGCUGAGGACAAUAUGACUGAAGGAGAUGCAGUGGCAGUCACGGGAUUCACAAAGCCUGAUAAGGUGUACAAUUUGACGAUCAGUAAUAUCUCCACUAGCUCACUUUCUCUCAGCUGGACACCACCAAAUGGCAACGUUGGAAGCUACAGAGUUGACGUUACUGGAUCCACAGUGAUGAAUGUGACCACAACUUCGGCAUUUGCUAAUCUAACUGGACUAAUACCCGGAAGCAUGUAUACCCUCCAAGUUGUGGCCUUGGCUGAGGACAAUAUGACUGAAGGAGAUGCAGUGGCAGUCACGGAUUCACAAGUGAGCACACCUAUCAUCUGCUACCUGUAG